AUCUUAAUUGAUGGCUCGGUCAAUUUCGUUAAGACAUAUCACACCCACUCCUGGAACUAUUAUGGGCAGAGAAGAGGAACUGAGAUAUGGGGUAGGUGGGGUAAUGGAACACCUAAUAGCGGGGUUUUUCUGAUUUGGAGACACGGAGACGAAGGAUCGGGUGGUUCUUCCAUGUCUCAAUGGGAUGGCCAAUACAAUAUAUUCUAUACUAACGAACCGAAUCAGCCAAAUUUAUCAACCUCACAAUUAACAUUUUCUGCCCACAAUUUCGCUUUCUUUAUUGCCGGUAGUGGGAUAGAUGUUGUAGGUCCAUAUACUAUCAAUAACGGCCAGUUUAUUCCAUCCUCAAGAACCAUCACCUUUACCAAGUCUUACACAAAUCACAAUUUAGCUUGGAUCUAUCGAGGUCAAUAUAACGGAGAACUUUUUUUCGGAAAAUGGGGCACCAACAACCAACCAAAUCUUGGAAGUUUCAUUAUUAGACGGGUUUUCGAGGUUGGGACACAUUCAUUUACAGGGAAUUGGCGCGGAUAUUACUUCUAUAGUACGAAUGACAACAGUGACCAAAUGUCAAUCAAUUUGAAAUCUACUGGGAAUGCCAUUGAUGGGUCUGGUUCAGAUAGUGUUGGAAGCUUUAAAAUAAAUGGACAGAUCUUAAUUGAUGGCUCGGUCAAUUUCGUUAAGACAUAUCACACCCACUCCUGGAACUAUUAUGGACAGAGGAGAGGAGCUGAGAUAUGGGGCAGGUGGGGCAAUGGAACACCUAAUAGCGGGGUUUUUCUGAUAUGGAGACACGGAGACAGCGGUUUAAGUAUUUUGUAA